AUGUACGAAAUAGGUAACAUCUACGUCAUCGCCGCCGUCGCUGUUGUGGGCGGGGCGCUUUUUGGUUUCGAUAUUUCUUCCAUGUCAGCCAUUAUAUCUACGGAAGCCUAUCUCUGCUACUACAACCAAGGACCUCUAUACCUUGCGACCGAUGGCAAGUGUUCUGGUCCAUCAACCGAUGUACAAGGUAUUUCCACCACUCGUUGCAUCAACUUCACGAGAAGCAGAAAUUGACUCUUGACUCAACAGGCGGGAUCACUGCUGUCAUGCCCGGUGGCUCAUGGCUUGGUUCUCUUUGCUCUGGUUAUAUCUCCGAUAAGCUAGGCCGCAAGAGAGCAAUCCAAAUUGGCUCGGUAAUUUGGUGCAUUGGAUCAAGUACCUAUAACUGCCGGAAAGCUGGAGUUUUGCCUAAUAUUAUCAUCAGUAAUCGUCUGCGCCUCGACCAGUAUUGGUAUGUUGAUUGGUGGCCGACUGAUCAACGGCUUGUCAGUUGGUAUUUGCUCUGCUCAAGUGCCAGUUUACAUUACGGAAAUUGCCCCACCGUCUAAGCGAGGACGUCUUGUAGGUUGUCAACAAUGGUAUGCACUCUUUCUUACCAAAGCGAUCCCUCUUACUCUCAGGCUAGACCGCUGAUUGAAAUUUAGGGCCAUUACUUGGGGAAUCUUGAUCAUGUUCUAUAUCUCCUACGGAUGUUCCUUCAUCGAUGGCACGGCUGCUUUCCGAGUGCCAUGGGUAUUGCAAAUGCUGCCAGCAAUCUUCCUCUUCUGCGCCAUGCUUUUCCUUCCCGAGUCCCCUCGCUGGCUUGCUCGUCAAGGUCGCUGGGAUGAAGCUCAGCACAUUCUUGCGAUCACACACGCCAAUGGUGAUCAUGAUUCUCCAUUCGUCCAUAAAGAGCUGUCGGAAAUUCGGGAAGUGGUUGAAUUUGAACAAGCCAAUGCUGAUGUAACAUAUUGGGAACUCUUUAAGCCCAAGAUGCUAAAUCGCACCCACAUUGGUAUCUUUACGCAGAUCUGGAGUCAGCUUACCGGCAUGAACGUGAUGAUGUGUAUGUAGCAUCCCCAUUUCUCUUGAAAGAAUUCUCGAGAUUCGGUACACUUUAUUAACUUCGCACAGAUUAUAUCACGUACGUCUUUACUAUGGCUGGUCUAGGUGAUUCGGUCCUCCUUCCAAGGUAGGAAUAUCAUCUCCUAACAAACACCUUUCUUACUAACCAUGCUAUAGCUCGAUCACAUACAUAAUCAACGUGAUUAUGACAAUCCCAGCUCUCAUUUACGUAGACAGAUGGGGACUUCGACCAACACUACUCAUCGGAGCCAUCCUCAUGAUGAUCUUCAUGUUCGCCAACGGCGGUCUCUUCGCCCAAUACGGCACAACACCACUGCCCAACAAAUUCCCCAGCGCCGCAGAAUCCAUCGCUGUCUCGGGCCCCCCCGCCAAAGCCAUCAUCGCCUGCACGUAUCUCUUCGUAACCAGCUACGCCCCAACCUGGGGUCCCGUUUCAUGGAUCUAUCCUUCAGAACUAUACCCCCUCCGCGUACGAGGGAAACUCGUCGCGCUAACCACCUCCGCAAAGUGGGCGUUCAACUUCGCACUCGCGUACUUCGUCCCUCCUGCUUUUGAGAACAUUAGAUGGCAGGUGUAUAUCGUCUUCAGAGUCUUCUGCGCAGCCAUGUUUAUCCAUGUCCUUUUCCUCUUCCCCGAGACCAGUCAGAAGCCUCUGGAGGUCAGUGAGGAUAUCUUUGAUGAUACGACGCCUGGGAGUAUCAAGGGGCUUGGUACGCCGGCUUGGAAGACUCGUGUUGGGAAUGCGGGGAGAGGCGAAGAUGAGGAGAAUGCGGCUGGGGCUGAGAGUGUCUCUUCAGAGAAGGAGGCCAAAUGUGAGAGCGAGGACCCCAAGUUUGAAAAUGGACGGGGUAGGGUCAUGGUUGGUGAGAAGAGGAGGAUGCGAAUUUGGAUUUCUGAGUUGUGGAAGUUGUUCUCUUGUGGAGUCGAGCGCGUUUGA